UUGGUUGCUGCUUUUAUCCCAGGCACAAAAUUGGGCUUAUCAGUUCAUCGGUCUUCUGUCCAUGCUACUGAUCGAUCGUCUCAACAUGUCGUACUUACAUCUUGCUAUAUCGAUAUUACUAACGACUAUAUCCAUGGUAUGGGCCUCAAAACGCUUGCCAAAGUUUUGUGUCAGCUAAUGCGUUUCUCAAGGUACUCGGCUUUCUGCUAAUGUUGUCUCCAAAGCCACGACCACCAACCGAUAACGAAAAAUAUUAUCGAGACGCGCAUUCUCACGAACGAAAACGCCUACCGACAUUAUUUGAUAAACCCAGCGUUCAGCUUUCCUGCAUUGUGCCAGCUUUUGAUGAGAGCCAGCGAUUACCGACUAUGCUGAAAGAAACCGUAGUAUUUCUCGAACAAAAGCAAAGGGAUGAUCCUAAUUUUAGCUAUGAAAUCAUUAUUGUGGACGAUGGCAGCAGAGAUAAUACAGUAGAAACGGCAUUGGACUUUUCUAAAGAAUGGAAGCAGUGCGAUCUACGAAUUAUCAGCUUGGAAAAGAAUAGAGGCAAAGGCGGUGCGGUUACCCAGGGUAUGUUGGCUGCUCGGGGAAAAUUGUGCUUGAUGGUUGAUGCGGAUGGAGCCACACGUUUCUCAGACUAUGACAAGGUCGAGCAUGCGCUUACGCUGAUAACUGACGAUGGUCAUGGAGUGGCGGUUGGAUCACGAUCGCAUUUGGUGACGACGGAGGCCGUAGUCAAGCGCUCAUUCAUACGAAAUCUGCUGAUGCGCGGUUUCCAUACGCUGGUUUACGUGUUGGGAAUUCGCGGCAUUGAAGAUACACAAUGUGGCUUCAAGUUGUUCACACGCAAAACCGCUCAAAUUAUAUUCCCUAAUAUGCACGUAGAACGAUGGAUUUUCGAUAUUGAAUGCCUCAUGAUCGCACAAUCGCAACAUAUACCCAUCACGGAGGUUCAAGUCAACUGGCAUGAAAUUGAUGGCAGUAAAGUCAACCUGAUGAAAGACUCUAUUCUGAUGGCCAGAGACCUCUUUCUGAUUCGGUUAAACUACGUACUUGGAUUAUGGAGUGUACGCAUACCUAAAGUAAUUGACGAAUAACAAACUCUGUACUUUUUCCAUCGUCUGCUUUGAUCCCUCUUUUUUUUUUUUUAAUACGGUCAUCGUAGUUACAUUAUUUCUUCCGUAACCAUUGUAGAAAACAUCAUGAAACACAUCAACACAUUUUUCUCUUUUUUAUUUGCCCCAUAUAUCAUUAACUAACUAAAGUUUCCCAAGUGGAAAGCUUGAGAUUAGAUGAAUAGCUGCGAACCUGCUAUUUCGACACCAC